AUGGAUGCGACUAGUCAUUUGGGGUUGUCUUCUAUACAGAAGACGACAACUGUUAAUCGUAUACUCGCAUAUGGUUGUGCAAUCAAUCACUAUGAUGAGUAUAUUAAAGUCGACGAGAACGCUGCCAUUAAAUGCUUAAAGGCAUUUUGUAAUGCUAUUAUUGUUGUUUAUGCAGAGGAAUAUAUGUGCCCACCCAACGAAGCCGACAUAGCAUGGCUGCUUCAAGAAGAGGGGCAGAGAGGAUUCCCUGAUAUGCUUGAUUCUAUUGACUGUAUACACUGGAAGUGGAAGAAUUGCCUAAUGGAGUGGUAUGGCACACACAUGGGACGCUCAAGUAAGCAUACUCUCAUAUUAGAAGCGGUUACCUCACAAGAUUUGUGGAUCUGGCAUGCAUUCUUUGGAAUGUCGGGUUCAUACAAUGAUAUAAAUGUGUUGGAUCAUAGCCCGAUAUUCAACGGUAUCGUCAAUAGCCAGUUGCCUUCGGUUAAUUAUGUGGUGAAUGGACAUCAUUGUAGAAUAAGGUAUUACCAGUCUGAUGGUAUACACCCCAAAGUGGGCAACUUUGAUACAAACCAUCCCACACCCAAACACUGGAAAAGAAAUUUUUUUUGCUCAAAGACAAGAGGCAUGCAUGAAAGAUGUGGAACGAGCUUUUGGGGUAUUGCAGAUCAAGAGGGCAAUCACAUAAGGACCAGUGCAUUACCGGAAGAAAGAUGA